AUGAACGACAGCGGCGUCGAGCUCGCCAGGGGCUCCGCACGCUCCAGCAUGGACAAGUCGACCACGUCGUUUGACAGCGGCCGCACCAGCACCAGCGCCGACUGGCCUAACCACCCCUACGAGCUCAACACCAUUGCCGAGCUCGACCGGCUUCCCCUCGACUCCGAGGUCAACUUCCGCGCCCGCAUUUCCACCCAGCGCCAGCUGUCGAAGGCUCUUGACUUCCUCCUUUUCCGCGACCAGACCCACACGGUUCAGGGCGUCCUCUCCCGCGAUGAGAUGGACAUGGUCAGCUGGGUCCAGAAGCUGUCCCCAGAGUCCCUCGUCCAGGUCAACGGUACGCUCAAGGCGCCCCCGGAGCCCAUUCGAUCUGCCACCCACGCCGGCGUCGAGGUUCACGUCCGCUCCAUCCACCUCGUCAACGCCGCCCACCACGCCCCCUUUACCAACUACAAGCCCCCGGAGUCGAUGCGGAACCGUAUGUCCUCGCGUAUCCUUGACCUUCGCCACCCCUCCAACCAAGCCCUCUUCCGCGUCCGCUCCCUCGUCACCCGCAAGUUCCACGAUGUCCUCUUCGACAACGGUUUCGUCGAGAUCAACACGCCAAAGCUCCAGCCCGCUGCCACCGAGAGCGGCGCUGCCGUCUUCAAGGUCAACUACUUUGGCCGCAACGCCUUUCUCGCUCAGAGCCCCCAGCUGGCCAAGCAAAUGUCCGUCUCGGCCGACUUUGGUCGCGUCUUCGAGGUCGGGCCCGUCUUCCGGGCCGAGAACUCAAACACACAUCGCCACUUGACCGAGUACACGGGUCUCGAUAUCGAAAUGGCCAUUGAGCACGACUAUCACGAGGUCAUCUACGUCAUCGAUGAUUUCCUCAAGGCUGUCUUCAAGGCUGUUUACGCCAUGCCCGAGCUCGCAGAGGUGCAGAAGCGGUGGCCCAGCAAGGAGUUCAAGUACCUUGACGAGACGCUCAUCCUCGACUUCAUAGACGGCAUCAAGAUGCUGCGCGACGACGGCCGCGACGUUGAGGAGGAGGAGGACCUCGCCACCGCCGAUGAGAUCCGCCUUGGACAGCUGGUGCGGGAGAAGUACGGCACCGACUACUACGUGCUGGACAAGUUCCCCGCCAGCGCCCGGCCCUUUUACACGCACAAGGACCCGCAGGACCCAAGGUGGACGCGGUCCUUCGACAUCUUCAUCCGUGGUCAGGAGAUUUGCUCGGGAGGCCAGCGCAUUCACGACGCCGAGGAGCUGCGCGCAAACAUGCGCGCCGCCGGUAUGAACGAAGACGGGAUGGAGGACUACAUGGAGGCCUUUGACCUCGGCGCGCCCCCGCACGCCGGCGCCGGCCUGGGCCUGGAGCGUAUCGUCGCCUGGAUGCUCGAGCUCGGCGAUGUCCGCUACGCCUCCCUCUUCCAUCGCGACCCCAAGUCGCUGCCGGAAAAGACUCCGGGCCUCAUGCACCCCGAGGCCGAUACCACCAAGCCACACCCCGCAGGCGACCUCCCCCCCGUCGAGAAACUCAUUGCCAAUUAUGGCGACGCGUCCAAUACGUCGUGGCUCGACGAUCGCUUCGAGAUCUGGAGGCAUCCUACGGGCGCCGCUGUGGGCUACGUCAAGCAGGACAAGUUUGCCAUGAUUACAGGCGACCCGCUGUGCGACCGGAGCCAGUACAAGGACGUGUGCGCCGCCUUCGUCAAGUUUGUUAUAUCGGAGCUGCACCUCGUGCCCGUGUGGAUGCUUGUCUCGUACGAGGUGCAGAAGAUUCUCGCCCAGCAGAUGGGUUGGCGUACGCUGUCUUGCACAGAGGAACAACGCGUCGACGCUAACAAGCACCACAACCUCAACGGCGGGCCCAAGGCGAGGCGGGUCGAGCGCGAGGGCGUCAAAAUCCACGAGGUCAAGGCCGACGCCGACUUCAUCAAACGUGCUGACCCGGCCAUCUCGGAGUGGAAGGCGAGCCGCAAGGGCAAGCAGAUCCACAUGACGGAGGUGCGCCCGUGGGUUGACAUGGAGCACCGCCGUUACUUUGCCGCGGAAAAAGACGGCAAGGUGCUCGCCCUUGUCGUGCUGGCCAAGCUCUCCCCCAAGCACGGCUGGCAGGUCAAGUGGGCGCUCGACUUUCCCGGCUCCGUCAACGGGGCCAUCGAGGUGCUUGUCGAGUACACGCUGGCGAGCGUCACGGGGCAGGUGACGUUUGGUGUUGGUGUGUCGGAGAAGCUGACACCCGGCGAACACCUGCACGGCAUCCGAGCGCGCUUCCUGGCCUCGACGUAUAACUCGAUUGUCGACAGCCUGGGCCUGCGCCGCAAGGCCGGCUUCCGGAGCAAGUUUGGCGCCCUCGGCGAGGAAGUCUACAUCUGCUACCCCAGGCAUGGCGUGGGGCUGCGGGACCUGAGCCAGAUUAUCAAGUUCUUCCAGGACUGA